GGGCUUGUCUAAUUUAUUUUGUUUGUCUUUAGUGUUUUUCCUCUUUAAUGGCACCGCUACAUUAGCUAAGCGUCUGUGUGGCAGGGGGCGAACGGGUACCGGGGGCCAGCUCGUACAGAGCAGGUCUGUAUCCGCGUUACCGCCCCGUUUUUUUUUUUUUUUGGUUGACACAAGCUGCGCUGCAAAAUAAAGCGGUGGGCGUAAAAACAGUGCGUACACACAAUGGGGAAUAGCACGUCCUGCUGCGUGUCGUCGAGCCCCAAGCACCGGAGGAGCAACCACUCCAGGCUGGAGCCGUACCGGCCCGAGCCCGAGCUGAGCCGCGAAGACACGGGCUGCAACCUCCAGCACAUCAGCGACAGAGACAACCUGGACGAUUUGCCCAUAGAGCACAAUCCUUCAGAUCAUCCUCGAGCCAGCACCAUAUUUCUUAGCAAGUCACAAACUGAUGUUCGGGAAAAGCGGAAAAGCCUUUACAUCAACCAUCAUCAUCCAGGUCCGGUGAGACGAAAGUACAGCUCAUGUUCCACCAUAUUUCUUGAUGACAGCACUGUCAGUCAGCCCAACCUGAAGUACACCAUCAAAUGUGUAGCCUUGGCAAUAUAUUAUCACAUAAAGAACAGAGAUAUCGAUGGGCGAAUGUUGUUAGACAUAUUUGAUGAGAAGCUGCAUCCUCUCUCGAAGUCUGAAGUUCCUGCUGAUUAUGACAAAUACGACCCCGAGCAGAAGCAAAUCUACCGCUUCGUCCGGACGCUGUUCAGUGCUGCUCAGCUCACUGCUGAGUGUGCCAUUGUCACUUUGGUAUACUUGGAGAGGCUCCUUACGUAUGCUGAGAUCGACAUCUGCCCCGCCAACUGGAAGCGCAUCGUGCUGGGAGCCAUCCUCCUGGCCUCUAAGGUCUGGGACGACCAGGCGGUGUGGAAUGUCGACUACUGCCAAAUUCUCAAGGACAUCACUGUAGAGGACAUGAACGAAUUGGAGCGCAAGUUCCUGGAGCUGCUGCAGUUUAACAUCAACGUGCCGUCCAGCGUUUACGCCAAGUAUUACUUCGACCUGCGCUCCCUGGCUGAGGCCAACAACCUCAGCUUCCCCCUGGAACCCCUCAGCAGGGACAGGGCCCAGAAACUAGAGGCCAUCUCACGGUUGAGUGACGAUAAGUACAAAGACUUGAGGAAGCUGGUCAAGAAGCGGUCGGUGAGUGCGGACAACCUGACGGUGGUGCGGUGGUGUCCAGCCAUCAUUUCCUAACCCUGGUCACCUUCAGAGGAAUUUAGAGACUUGGAUUGUAAUAUAUUUGCCUGAUAGAGCUGAGCAGCUGCAGGUCUGUCUGGAACACACACAUUCACACAGAAAGACACCUUUUUAAAUGUGUUUGCACUCUCUCUGGUCAUUGUACAUAAAAGACGUCUCACUGGCUGCCUGAACGUAACCACGUGGAGCUGAGCUGAAAGAAAGUGAAGGUCAGGACUGAAAGAUCAUGUUGGAACAGAAACUGCGUCACAGAAGUCACCAGGCUUUUCCACACAACACCUUUAAGAUGGGACUUUGUCGCCUUCUGGCUGCCUCGGUGGCAUUUCUGAAU